AUGAAGCCAAAAAUUUAUAUGGGAACGUAUACCACAGAGGAUUUGGCUGGCGAAAGGAGACGAUUGGAAGAGGUCAUUACGAAUUACCGACCCCAAGAACCCCCUUGCCAAUACAAUCUAUCGACCGGCAGGGUGAACUGUCUGGACACUUGUGUCUCACACGUGAUAGAAUAUGAAGAAUGCCCUGAGAAGAAGUAUCAUAAGGCGCUAAGGGAACUCUCGCGUCUCGAUGCGAGGUCCUUAUUGACACUGUUCUUUUCGGACGCUGAUCUUGCUGCUUUAAACGGCUUCCUUAACAGAGAAGGGCUAGUGUAUAGCCACCUUGAUGUCCUGAGGAGAUUUGACGAAUGGCAUUGCCCUGAAUUAGGCGAGCUGCGAUUCCACGGUGUACGGAUCCAAGAGGAUUGGGAAUUUAGUUUGCGGAACAUUGUCUUACCUUUCGUGGUUAGCUUGCUUUUUGUUCUGGUCGUCGUGGCCAAGCUCACUUUUGGGGACUGGGCAACGGCAUGGAACGUCGGCUGCUUCUUUGUCGCUUUGGCAACGCUGCUAUGGAUGUGGGCUGAAUAUUCUGUUAGACAGUCUGCUUAA